AUGGAUCCAAGAGAAGAAGCUUUUGAGAAAGCACGAAAGUUAGCCGAAAGCGAAAAAAUUGAUGACGCAUUGGAAGCAAUUGCCGAGUACACGUCUCAAGAAGGAAUCGAGUACUCGCUCUCUGAAAUGAAAACGGUCAAUAUAAUUGUUUGUGAGAAAGUCACAAGCUCAUCAUUUGAAGAGAAAAAAGCCGCCUGUUUAGAAUGCAUCGAUUUGGUAGAAGGCGUCAAAAUGGUAAAAAACGCCGACUGGCUCGAGCUUUACAACGAAGCUGUUUACGAGAUUUUCAGCAAAUUAUGCAGAGGAUCCCGAGAUGAAGAGCGAAACGAAGCUUGGAAUCGGCUAAAAGAAAUCUAUUACGAGAUUACACUGGCCGCGAAAAAAGUCUGGAAGGAGAAAAAUUCGCCACAGGCAUUGGAGAUCUAUGUAAAUUAUGCGAAGCUUGUCAAAAGUUACUUUGAUGUCGCUGACGAAGAUUCGUUCAAAAUUUGUGAAACUUUUGCUAAGGAAGCAAGGUUUAUUGGAAAAGGAACCCUCGAUGAUGAUCAAUAUCGAGAUGCCAAAAAAUCAAUUGACGUGAUCAACAAAGCGAUCACUGAUGCCAAACACGACAAGGAAAACAUGCUGGAUGAUUGA